AUUUCCUUUGUCACUAGCUAAAAUUGCUGUGUUCGACGGUUUUUUCGAUUUUAUCCAACUUUUGUAGUUGAUUACUUUGUUAUCGCGGUUUUUCAUUUGUUUUCCACACGUGCAGAUUCCGUUGUCUAGAAAAAUUUUGAAUUGGUCGAUAGUGCGCCACUAUAUUUUUAAUUUCGGUUUAGUCGUAAAAAAAGUUACGAAAUUUAUUGUUAUAUUUUGUAGUAAGGAUAUCAAAUUUAAAAUUCGAAAACUAAGAUGUUGAUGUUAACAAACGACAAAUAGUUAGUGAAUUCGUUCACAAAGGACCUUGGAAACACCGACCUAAUCAACCUGGCUCCUCAAUUUGCUAAAAGUGAAACGUCGAAAAAACAAUGAUACUAGUAAAACUGCAGUCUGACAACGACGACGAAAGUGGCUCUAAAUACUUGACCGAAUGGGCAGCCAUUGAAAUUCAAGGAGAACUCGAAUCUCGGCACAAUACACCUCUUGAGUGUCAAUAUGUCGGUGACCUGUUCGCCACUAUUAAAGACAACGUGCCCAUAUUAAUUAUUGGCCAUCACAUCCUAUACGGUAAAAUGCAAACGUUUCCCAAGCCAUUAGCUGUGAUGAAAAAGAAAGAAAUAUCAGAUGGUAUAAAUGGAAGAAAUGAAUACAUAGUAGAGGCUGUGGUAACUAAAAAGUUGCUAUUUAAAAAUAGACCGAAGCCAAUUAUUGCAAAUGUGAAUAAGUCGUAAGUCGGAAUACAUUAUUUGACCACAAUGUUUUUGAUCGUCUGCAAGGAGCUUAAAACCAAUUCAUAUUUUUAAUUAAUGCAUUAUGAAUUAAUUUAAAGUUAACAUAGACUUAAGUUUCAAAAACCUGAUUAUUACAUAAGCAUUUUUGUUUCAUUUAAAGUGGUUUUUCACUUGUAUUUGUACUUGUACAUGUAUUUUUACAUACUUUAUUUAGUGAAGUAAAAAAUGUAUACAAGUAAUUUUACUCCUUAGAUUGUUUCUGGAUGCAACAAAACAUACACACAAAGCGUUUAUUAAGUGUUAGGCGCUACGAUACGGCUAAAUUAUUUAAUAUAUUAUGUAUUUCCGACACUAAUAUUUGUUUCUCUAUUUAAAUUAUAAGUAUUCGAUCUUUAUGCAUUUGUAUUUUAUUUUAUAAUAAUUAAAAGUGUUUAAUAUCAUAAAAAAGAAAAUCGAUUUCAUUACGCUAUUAUUUUAAUAGUUAUCAUUCGUUGUAAAAAAUUGAAUUGUGGUAAAAUAAAUAAUCUUUACCAGUCAAAA